AGCUACGUGUCAACAUUAAAGGAGAAAGUCAACAUAAAAGAGAUGUCGAAUGAGGCGGAUGCAAGGUGGUGUCCACCUGUGUAGGGAGAUGGCAUAACUUACUGUAUAUAAGAAUCAAGAUCCAAUUCAUAGUUAAAGUAAGGAAUUGCUCCUGCAGUUCCUGUGCGCUGAAGUCGAUAAAGUAUGAAACAAUAUGUGACGAUCAGAAUGGGUGCAGGAUCAGUGUUUGACCAUGAAAACAUGGGAUCACAUCACAAAGGCCAGACAUCCUAAUAUUCAAAAGGGCAAAAAAAAAAAAUUCUCUGCAGAUAGCGAGCUCCUUGGCGGAUGUUGGAGAUGAAGCAGCAUCAAUACAGCACAGAGAAGAUGAUCAUGAGACAGUUCAUGCUCCUGCGGCAACAGGGUCACGUCUCCGAUUAUGUGUCUGUUGAAGACAUGAAGUCAUGGCUGCUAGCCAGCACUAGCUUUCAGGAAGAGUUUGACAAAACAGUGGAGUUGGAAACCAAAGACAUCCAUCCAGAUGAGGAGGUGCUGACCUCGGGGAAGAGGCAAUGUCUGGAUCAGAUCGAACUGGAACUCCAGGAGGAACUUGAAAAAGAAAAUAUUCUCUCAGAUCUGUACAAGAGGAAGGUUACCCUUGAAGGACAUGCACUUUUCCUCUCUACGGUUCGUCCCAAAACUGAGCACGAUGUCAAAACUGGCCUCAAGAAUUUGUCAAAAAGUCUACUGGACUUCUUCACCGGCUCUCACAUUGAUAGCAUUCAUUACCUGACACUAAUAUUUGAUUCCCUGGUGCCCGAGGUGGUGGAAAAAGUCCUCGACCAUCUCCUGGAUAAGUUUGCUCCAAUGCCAUCUGUGGACCCCUCCCAAAGCCAGAGUCUAUACGUAGAUGCUGAAACCAGACUCAAUCUUUCAGUGGAAAACAGAGUGGAGGCAGCCAGCGUUGAGAUCGGGAAGCUCUUAUCCGAUAAAUUAGCCUACUCAUUCGACCUGGUUACGGAUUCAAACAAGACAGAGAUGGAGAAUAUCUGCACUUCUGCAGCUGUCUCCAUGGUCCAACAGACUCACAAAAACAUUGAGAACCUCUCACAAACAUACGACUUGAUGGACUUUGACGAAAGCUUCUUCAUCGCCAGGGAAGGUGUCAUCAGCGCUAUUCAGGACAUGGAAGAAUGUGCACUACGUGAGGCCUAUAACUCUUUUCUCAAUGACUCAGAUUCUGUGACAACAGACGAUCCAGGAGAUUAUGAGAGUGUUGCGACUGCGAUGACUGAUUCUCUCAAAGACAAGAAGUCAGGAAAAGUGGGGAAAUUCUUUCGCAGAGUGUGGAAAAAAUUAAAGCAAAAACCGACAGAUGACACGUAAAAGGAGCAGCUUUUGAAUCAACCUUCUAAUUGUACAUUUUUAACAAUUUAUAAGUCAAUAACAAAUAAAAACAAGCUCUAAAAUACUUAUUCUCAGGUGUCUAUUUUUUUUUUAAGUAGUAAGUAGUAAUAAUACAAAGACU